AUGAAUCGGCCUGUAUUGCUAUCAAAAGGUCUUGACCCUGUUCUCGGCGUCUUCACGGGGUUGCUGGCAUAUUACCUGCACGAGACAAAUCCCCGCACCGCGCCUCCGCCAGAUCAAACGCUCAGUGCACUCGUGGGAUGGCGCAUGGAAAAGCGUAGGCAGGAGCAGCUGCAGAAGGACCAGGAGGCUGAAACUGGGGACUGGAAGCAAGUCGUCGGAGAAACGAAGUAG